GCAAUGGCAGUCGGGCAGUGAGACACAUGUCACAACAAUCUGUGAGCCGAAAAUCAUUUACUUUGGGGCCGAGAGAAGACACAUAAGCAAAAUGUCUCGGCACAGAAAUGUUCGGGGUUACAACUACGAUGAAGACUUUGAUGAUGAUGACGUGUAUGGUCAGUCUGUGGAUGAUGACUACUGCAUAUCUCCAGCAACAGCAAAUCAGUUCAUCUACUCGCGUCAAGAGAGGCAAGCACCGAGGGAGGAGCCUUUAGAAGAGGAAGAAUAUGAAGAGGAUGUACCCAUGUCCCCUACCAUCAGCCACAACCUUGACCCUCUCGACCAAGCCAAGCUGUAUUCCUGUCUGGACCAUAUGCGGACUGUGUUGGGAGAUGCAGUUUCAGACUCAGUCCUGACCCAGGCAGCCAUAAAAUGUGGAUUUGACCCACAAAAGGCACUGGAUGCAGUCCUGUCUGAAGACGCUAAGGUGGCCCCAGUUACCAAAAGCACCAAUGAAGAGACGGCAAGAGUUAGCCAGGAGAAAGCGCCGCUACCACAAAGAACCAAACAAGAGGCCGUUGCUGAGAAAGGAGCCAGCAUUUCUGCUUCUCGCACAGACAUUACAUCCAGUGAACAUAAACCCCAGACUGAUUUGUGCAAACAUCCACAACCGCAUGUUCAAGCGAAUGCACUAAACUUGCGUGACCUCUUAUCGCAACAUAAGGCUGACCCUGUGGUUAGCAGCUCUGAAACUCUAAAUGUUAUCCAUCCAAACGCUGGUCCAGGUGUUGGCAGUGGUGCCAGUCUGGCACAGCUCAUGUCUCAGCAUGAGCAGAAGAGUAAGGCGACAGGAGCAGUUGACACAAGGCGAGGUUUGGGUGUUCCCUCAUUGGGUGCUCUCACCCUAGGACCUAAUUCACCUCCGUCCAUUAUAUCAAAUCAGAAUAGUCUUUCAUUAGGGACAUUGGCGUCUUUAAACAUGACCUCAGCAUCUCAUGGCUCAGCUUCCUCCCUCCUGUCACUCAGCAGUCUGUCACUAAACAACCCCAAGAUAACAACUGCAACCACUUCUUUGGCUGCUCCUCCUGGGUUUGGGAGUCUCAGUUCUGUCCUCUUGCGCAAUCCAACCUCUGCAGUGGGAAUUGGGACUGGAAGCAAAGCCACAAUGGCUGAUCCUAAGGGAAGCCCAUCAUUGGCUGAUUUAAUCCAGGAACAUUCAAACCGCAGCCCAACCAUCAGCAACUCUUUUCCUGCUCCCCAAAGCAGCAUAACAUCUAUGACUUGUCAGGGGAUGGCUGCACCCGCACAAACACUCUCACUGUCUGGGCUCGCUUCACAGCACCAGAACAGGAAUGCUUGCAUUCAAUCUCAAAGCACUGAACGACCAGCAAACACACACACUUUUUCUAAACCAACAAGCAAUACUACUGCAUACUGCAUAGGUGGGACUGUCUCAUUGUCUCAGCUAGCUUUGCAGCAUCAAACCAACAGUUCCUUGACUUCCCCUCAACCCUUCAGCACUGAAUCCACAGCAAAUGCACUGAAACAACCACCUGGCAUCUCUGAGCAGCUCUCUUUGUCACAUUUGGCAUCUGAACACAAAGGCAAAACCUCAACCACCUCAAAUGGGUCACCGUACUCCCUCACCUCGCUCCUUUCACCAGCAAAACCAGCGAGGGCUGGUGUGUUAGCUGAAAGUACUAAAGAGGGUGGGGCAAAGCGUAAACUAGACCACAAAACAUACCACCAAAAUGUCCGGCCACCCAAGCUGCAGCAGGCUAUUGAUUUGAGUGCUCUCAUGGCCCAGUCAGAUGGAGCAAGCCCUCGCAACUUUGACAACGACCUACCUUCACCAACCUCUCCUACUCCAGUUGCCGCAGGGCUUGAUUCUUCAGUUUUUGCACAACCAUCAGUAUUUGCAAUUACUUUGUCCAUUCGAAGCCACAAACAAAAGAAGAGGAUGAGGAAUAUAUUGAAAGGAAAAGUAAGAAGUCAAAGGACAGGAAGUGGUUACCUGAAUAAAUCACAGGACAAAUCCGAAGAGCAGCAUACGCCACUCUCGCCAAUUGAACCAUUCCGCUUUGAUGUGCCUUCCCCUGAUGACAUCGUCCGUGCUAAUCAACGGAAGGCCUUUACCAGGUAGAGGUAGAGGAAAACAAUAGCACUUAAUAAGAUAGUUUAGAUUUAUUGAAGUGGGGUUGUAUGAAGUAUUUAUUCAUAAUCAGUGUAUUACCUACUGUAGAUAACGGUCACCAUACCCUGAAUUUGGAUAAUCAGAAAGGAGGCCUGGCAGAGCAAUUUACUGCCAUACAGGAGGGCAUCAAAACCUGUUUUAUAUUUAGAACAUUUCCACUGCUUUACCUUGCUGCCAGGCAACCCCCUUAGAUGAGGAACUGAAGCCGUUACAUCCAUCAAUCAUGUUAAAAGCACCAGACUCUUUGACAAAACCAGUCAUUUAAACAAACCAACAAACAAAAAAAGCAGCAGUAGACCAGCAACUCUUUAUUCUUGAGGUAAAAUUACUGUUUUUGUCAAGGGAGCCUGGUGGCUUUGAAAAGAGCUUUGACUUCAGUUCCCUGUCGGAAAGAUAAGUAGUGAAAAUAUCUAAAUACAGCGCACACUGAUACUGAUGUUUUUAGGUAGGCCUUUUUUUAGGGGGCUUAAAUUGAUUUUGCUGCGGCCCCUGUUCACAGCUGUACAUUGCUUAGCGCCUUGCUGAUACUCCUGCCUGCUUCUCUAAACAUGGACCACCAUAUACUGUAGGUGAUACACUGACUAUGGAGUAUCUCGUAUAAACCCACUUCAAAAAAUGAAAACUAUUCCUUUUAUUAAGCUGCGUCUCAUUUGGGAUGAGAACCUUGGAUCUUUUUGGCGGCCUUUCCUCUAUCAACUGAACUUAACUCGAAGAGAUGCAGCACUCGGACAUCAGUUCUUUUAACUGCAUCCCACAAUCAUGUGGGAGUAAAGAAACUUUGGGGACCAACAAUACUACAGAUCACAUACUAACUGCUGAUCACUGAAAAUUGCUAGAAACCUUAUUACCACAGUAUUUAUCUAUUUCUUUUUAUAGAGGCAAGCAAACAAGUCUUAUGUUGCUACCACAUACAGAACACUGAUUAUUAAGUCAAACAGUAUAGACCAUAUAGUAUCUCUGGCAGCUUGAAAAUAAUUGCAGCUAAGUUUCAAAGUACUCUGAGUAUUUUAGGAACAUUUUAGAAUAUUUUUUCAUUUACUGCAGUUAACAUGUUUUCUACAUUUUAAAUUUGAGUCUUAUUUUUCUAUUCUUGGAUGGCCAUUGGCUUUUUAAUUUUUUAAAAGUAGUUUAAUCUUAGCCAGGGAAAAUUGAAAGUGUAUCUCUUUCUGCAUGGCCUCUUUUCUAGUUUUAAUCUGCAUGAACCCUCAAAAGAGAAAAAAAAAUAGGUUGAUUUUGUUUGCAGGUGUGCUGCAGCUAUUGUAAUAUGGAUCAGUUAACCAUUGUUCUGGUUUACUGCUGCCUGUGUUUGAGAUCAUGGGGUAGACAUUUUGGCUUAGAGGACACCUGGAGAUUUUCCCAUGAGGGAGCGAGAACACACACACACACACACACACACAUACAAGUGAACACUUAAUGUUUGAUAUUGAAGGAACAAGUUAACUAUGAAUGCAGGAGCAGUGAAUAAAGAGCGUACAGCAUUAGUCAGAGUUAAUGCCUUCAGACCUGAGGUAAAAGAGGUUUUUCUUGCUCUUACAAGCUUUUAAUAUUACGAUGUACAAAUGAGUUUGAUUCAUACAGGGUGUGUCAUGGCACUCUUCCAGAAUUUAAUUUGUAAAUUUUUGAAAUAAAGAUGACUGAAUGUACUUACUCUGAA